AAAAAAGAGAAAACAGUUGGUGGAGGAAAAGAGUGGGAAAAGAAUGGAAGCGAUCUAUCUUAUAGGGUCCAUUCUCACUACCUUCUUCACCUCUCUUAUUCUCUCCCUUACCCUCCCCUUCCGAUGCUUUCUCCGUCGUUUCUUCUUCAGCACCACCCCCACCCCCGUUUCCGGAAUUGGGUCAGAUUCCGUCACAUUGUACCAAGGUAUUGUUUGGCACCACCGUAGGCGUCCUGUCCACCAUUCUUUCAACUACUCUGUUCGCUAUGCCCUAAUUGACCUUGACCUCUCCCCUUCUCCUCCAUCUGGUCAUCUCUCAGCUGAUCAAGCUCGCCGAGUUGCUUCUACCUCUGGACCUGUAUUUCUUCUUACCAUUCCAGCUAGUGUGGGAUAUGAACAAAAUCCGUUGAGUUUGUAUUACUGCUAUCAAACGGAUCAGGACUCUGCACAACACCUGGAAAAGUGCAUAGCUGAGGUAACAAAUACGCCAUGGGGUGAGAGAGUUACAUUUGUUUUCAACCCGAGUUCUGAUUUAGUAGCUAAGCCGUUGCAUGUCAGUCCUUUUAUGGACAUGCUUGGGAAUUGGAGUAUCAAAUCAAGUGCUCCCGGUGAUUAUUUACAUGUUACAAUCUCAGUUCAGCACCCUGAACUUGGCGACUACUUUUCUGCCACUUUGAAACUUAAAAGAGUGUCCCCAUCGUUUGGAUCUGAUCACUCAAGUUUCUUUUACUUGAUGCCGCAUAAAGUUGCAAUAUGGAUAUAUUGGCAUGCUUUCAAGCUAUGGUGGAAAGGUGUCCAAUUUCUUCAACAUCCAAGGUAUACUAACCCUUCAUACAAGGCAGAUGCUACAAUCCGGGAUCAACAACUUCAAUGCUGCAAGAGGAUUGGAUCGAGCCAAAAUAAUCAAGUAUCAGAAAUCGAGAACAAAGUAGAUCGUAAUGACAGAAUGAACGGAAAUCGCAAGUUCACUUGGACAAAUGCUAAGUGGCCUUGGUCUUAAUACUCUUGCAGAUGAAGAGAUUUCUUCGAAUGGCAGAAAGCAAGCAGAUGAAGAGAUCAAAAUACCAAAAUUCCAAUUUAUCCAUUCAUAGUAGUUCGUUGUACAACAAAUAAGAACCGUCACCUCAAUCACCUCAUAAAACGAACAAAAAAGGGCAAAUCAGAACUCAAAACACAUUCACCCUAAAAUGAAAGAUUGGCCAAAACCAAACCUAAUGCUCCUAAAUCGGUCAAACUCUUCUCCCCGUGGUGGCGUUCCCUUCCCAUCUCUAUCUCGAUAGUAACACUUUGAUUUACUAUUUCUAGACAUCUGUAAGUUUGUUUAUCAUAAAUGAGUUGUUGUGAUUUUGGAAAUAGGGAUUUGUUAUGCUUUUGUGGGAAGAAAAAUAGAGCAGAAAUAAAACGAGGCAAGAAUAAAGUACAGCAACAAAAUGAAAUAAAUAAAAUUCGGUGUAGGAAGCACGUGUAAAAUUAGGGUUGGGCUUUAUUUGGCCAUUUUUUCUUUCUUUAUGGGAUGCCCUUUGUCUUUACCUUUAUUUAACAACAAAGUCCCUACCUAAUUGUUUCA